AGUUCGCAUUCUACAGCAUCGUUGAGAGUUUUACCCUGAAGCGUGCACGCUUAAUUUAUGACGCUUAAGCGACAGGAAAGUAUUGUCUUUACCUGUGCAAUAAUCCGCGGAAAAACUAAUAAUACAAGGGAACCUAAACGCUAGAGAUGCGUAUUUUACGGCCGAUUGGAUUGAGUUUUACUUUAAAAAAUGACAUUACAAAAUUCCGAACAGAAAAAUUCACGCCAUGUAAAAGUUUAACUUCCCUUGGUACUCCUUGGAGCGAUAGACGGAGAGUGUUGAGACUUUUAAACUUUCCUCGAGUACAUUUUACGCGACAGUGUAGAGAGUACACCAAACUGAGCUACGAAGAGUCAUUCAGAACUGCGAGGGACAACCCUGAAAAGUUUUGGAGUGAAGCAGCUCAGAAAAUCUCCUGGUUUGAGCCAUGGAGCCAGACACUGCAGAUUGACGAUGCCAUAUUCCCAAACUGGUACGUUGGAGGGAAACUAAACGUUUGCUACAAUGCCGUGGAUUGUCAUGUGGAGAGUGGACGAGGAGACCAACCUGCCAUCAUUUACGAGAGCCCUGUCUCUGAAACCAAGCAGAUCAUCACCUACAAGGAACUGCUGCAACAGGUGUCUAGACUAGCAGGGGUGCUGGCGAAACAGGGGGUGAAGAAAGGAGACCUGGUGGUCAUCUACAUGCCCAUGGUGCCCCAGGCUAUGUUCACCAUGCUGGCCUGUGCCAGGAUAGGUGCCCCACACAGUCUCAUAUUCGGGGGCUUUGCCUCCAAGGAGCUCUCGGUCCGUAUCGACCAUGCCAAGCCCAAGAUGAUAGUGACGGCUUCGUUUGGGAUUGAGCCAGGCAGGAGGGUGGAGUAUAUUCCUCUGGUGGAGAAAGCUCUGGAGUUCAGCUUUCAUAAACCCUCCAAGGUCCUGAUCUACAACAGACCCAACAUGGGGAAGGUGUCCAUGCACCCUGACCUGAGUCUGGACUGGGAGGAGGAGAUGGCCAAGGCCCGUCCCCACGACUGUGUCCCCCUUCCUGCCAACCACCCUCUCUACAUCCUCUACACCUCUGGGACCACUGGGGCUCCUAAGGGCGUUGUCAGAGACACAGCCGGCUAUGCUGUGAUGUUAAAGUGGACCAUGUCAAAUAUUUAUGACCUGAGGCCUGGUGAGGUGUGGUGGGCAGCGUCUGACCUGGGCUGGGUGGUUGGUCAUUCCUACAUUUGCUAUGCCCCUCUUCUCCAUGGCAACACAACGAUUCUCUAUGAGGGUAAGCCAGUGGGGACUCCAGACUCUGGGGCGUUCUUCCGCGUCCUCUCGGAGCACGGCACAUCCUCCAUGUUCACCGCGCCCACCGCCAUCCGAGCCAUCCGCCAGCAGGACCCGCAGGCUGCAGAAGGGGGCAGGUACCCCCUCACCAGGCUGCGCAGUCUAUUCCUGGCUGGAGAGCGCUGUGACGUGGAGACUCUGGAGUGGGCCAAGAGGAGCUUCGGAGUGCCUGUUCUGGACCACUGGUGGCAAACAGAGAGUGGAUCGGCCAUCACCUCGUCUUGCAUCGGGCUGGGAAACUCUCUUUCUCCCCCUGCUGGCCAGGCAGGCAAGCCAGUUCCAGGAUACAAUGUCACGGUGAUUGAUGAUGACAUGCAGGAGGUAAAGCCAAGGACCCUGGGAAACAUCGUGGUGAGACUGCCUCUACCACCGGGGGCAGCGUUGUCUCUGUGGCAGAACAGCCAGCUGUUCAGGGAGCUGUACUUCUCCAAGUUCCCCGGUUACUAUGACACCAUGGAUGCAGGCUUUGUAGACGAGGAGGGGUUCCUUUACAUCAUGUCGCGCUCUGAUGAUGUCAUCAAUGUGGCGGGUCACAGGCUGUCAGCAGGGGCGUUGGAGGAGUCUGUGCUUCAGCAUCCAGGGGUGGUGGACUGUGCUGUGGUGGGUCUUGAGGACUCUCUGAAGGGCCACGUCCCCCUGGCUCUCUGUGUGCUGAGGAAGGAUCUCCAGAGGAACCCGGAGGUGAUAGUGAAGGAGAUUGUGAGUCUGGUGAGGGAGACUGUGGGGCCUGUGGCUGCCUUCAGGAAGGUUCUGUUUGUCAACAGACUCCCCAAGACCCGCUCUGGCAAGAUCCCUCGCUCCUCUCUGGCUAAUCUGGUCAACAACAAGCCUUACAAGAUCACUCCCACCAUCGAGGACCCAGAGGUGUUCAAGGAUGUAGAGAGGGAGGUGGAGGAGGCCCUGAGGCCAGCUGGGCAGUGAGGGAGGACAGGGCCUGGCUAUCACCUGGGCCCCCCAGAGCUCUGGAGGUAUACUGCACUGUGAGGUGGUAAUGGAGGGAUGGGCCGUUAGCUAGCUCUGUAGAAGCCUGGUAACGAACAUGCAUUUGAAUCAGGUGUGUCAAGAAACAUCUAAAACAUGCAGGACCACUGGGAUAGACUAACAACGUGAAAUAGAAUGCCAGAAUGUCCAAGUGAGUCUAGUUAAAUGUGAAAAUGGCAGUUAACUGAUAUUAGAGAUUAUUUUAAGACAUUGUACUGUAUGUAGAGGGUUCUGUUAAAGGCAGGUUCAGUACAUUUUGCGAAUCUAGCAAUUUUAGGUUUGAGUUUAGAAGGAUUCAAACCAAAAUAUCCCACCCCCUCCUUUCAAAUCCACUACUGCCGUGAGGUAGGUAGACAGACAAGUAAAACCGUCCAAUCCUUGCAUUUGGUCCGAAUGCCGUCCAAACGAAAUGAUUAGUCAUGUUUAUUACAGUCCUGUGACUCCCACAGAUAUCUGAUGUAUUUACUGUCAAACCUUUAGAUGUAUUGGUUGCUAUAAGGUUGGGACGUUUAUUUCAGAAAAUAUGACAGUGUAUCAACAUUACCGAUCCUGCCUUUAACUUCAUUAUCAUCCCAGUAGACACCAUACUGUACUAUAUAGCUUCCAAAUGGUGUUUUGGCACAUAACAAUUUAGCAUGAUUGCUUUAUAAGAGCAUGUUUUAACUAUUGUCACUGACAGUAUUUUUUAUUGACAAUGAAAAGUUGUUUGAUCACCACUUAGUUUUGACCAAAGUACAAGAAGUAAUAAAUAAAAAAAAUGGACACGAAAAUGAUUCUUUGUUCGUGCAAAUCAGGUAUGUAAAAAAACGAACCAAAAUAAAAACCUUGAUUGACUAUUGUCAGAUAUAACUCAACGACAGGUAGUAGGGCUGUACAAUAGUUACCCUGGCAA